UGCUAAAGUACUAAGUACAUGCGUUCAGAACGAGAACGACGCUGACUUUGCUUGUUCCCGAGAACAGUUGCUAGAGAGAGGGAGGAGCGCAUCACCCCGCCGCCGGGGUGAUGGAGGUCCUGAGCCCGUCGCCGUCGCCGCCGCUGCCCAGCCCCUGCCCAAGCCUCCGCUGCGGCGGCCGCCGGGAGCAGCGCCACGGCGAGGCGUGGGUCCACGUGGCCGUGGGGAGGUCGCCGGAGAAGACGCUCGGGCUGCUGCGCUGGGCCCUGCGCCGCUUCGGGAACCCCCGCAUCGUCCUCCUCCACGUCCACCAGCCGUCGCCGCUCAUCCCGACACUCUUAGGAAAGAUUCCGGCGGCGCAAGCCACGGAGGAGCUGGUGCUCUCCCAUCGCAAGUCGGAGAAGGAAGAGAUGGACAAGGUCCUCCUCUCCUACCUCGCCUUCUGCCGCAGGGCCCAGGUGCAGGCAACGCUUCUUCGCACGGAGAACGACCAAAUCCACGACGGCAUCCUCAACUUGGUCAACCAUUACAGGAUCACCAAGCUUAUAAUGGGCUCUACACCUGACAAUUGCUUCAAGUUGAAAUAUGGCAAAGAAUCUUUAAUGGCUAGCAAUGCUCCUGCAUUUUGCCAAAUCUGGUUCGUGUGGAGAGGAAGGCAAAUCUGGACCAGAGAAGCGAGUGCAGCCAUCGACAACAAUGCUCCGGUUCACUACCAAGAUGAUGCCAUGACAACAAAAAGGAUUAGGUUCAGCUCAUAUUCUAACAACACCGAAACAAGACUUGAUGAAGGACAUGUCACGGGCGAGGCACUAAUGACAGUUGAUCUUAAUCAAGGCACUGUUUCAGAUUAUGACGCUCUUGGGGCACGUGAAGCCAACCAUUUCUACAGUAUGAACAUGGCAAAAUGGCAAGAUGCAGAACCGGCACUCAACUCAACCUUCUUCUCUGAUUCUUCUGUACAUAUGGACACAUUACCCUUCUAUUCUAAGGAAGUAUUGGACAGAAAUCUCAAACAUGUAAUGAUGGAAGCUGAUGAAUCAAGAAAGGAAGCUUUUGUUGAACUGCUGAAGCGCAAAGAAGCAGAGUCAAAAGUAGCAAGUGCUUUUGCCAGGGCAAAAGAGUCUGAUUCUGCUAAAAAACAUGAAAUAAAAAUGAGGGGGGAACUUGAAGCUUUAUUGGUAGCCACAAGAAAGCAGCAUGAAGAUCUUAUGAAAAACAAAGAGAGAGCUGUAGCAGGGUUAGAAUCUUCUAUGAGAAGAUUAGCCAUCCUAGAUGACCAUGCAGCAAAGAUAAAGCUUCAGACGGAUGAGUUUUCAGCAGAGCUUGAGCUGAUCCAAUCUUCCAUAGAAAAUCUCAAGCAGAACAAACUGAAAGUGCCAAAGCUUGAAGAAUUGCCAAAUUGCAUGUCAAAUGCUUUUGGAGAUGAUUUGUACAGCUUCAGAGAAUUUACAUUGUUAGAUAUGCAGUCUGCAACAUGUGAAUUCUCAGAGAGCUUCAAGAUACAGUCACAAGGUCAUGGGUGUGUAUACAAAGGAGGAAUUAUGAACAGAACUGUGAUGAUUUAUAAGCUGCACCCACACAGCAUUGAGAGCGUGAAGCAGUUUCAGCAAGAGGUUUGUAUCCUUGGCAGGGUGAGGCACCCUCAUAUACUGACAUUGGUUGGGGCAUGCCCAGAAGCGCUGUGUCUGGUCUAUGAAUAUCUGCCAAAUGAGAGCCUUCACGACCGCCUCUUCAGCAGAUGCAACAGCCAUUGGUUGACAUGGAAAAUCCGUGCACGUGUUGUUGCUGAGAUAUCGGGUGCUCUGCUGUUCUUGCAUUCAUGUAAACCUCAGAUGAUCAUCCAUGGCAACUUGAAGCUUGAGAACAUCCUUCUAGAUAGCGAAUUCCACUGCAAGAUAGCCGAUUUUGGUAUUUCUCGGGUAUUCACGGAUAACACGACGGAUUACCCAUCAUUUGUGGAGGGUUCCGAGCUGAAAGGGUCCUUUCCCGACACAGAUCCAGAGUACAAGAGAAGCAAAGUAAUGACGCAGAAGUCUGAUAUAUACAACUUUGGAAUGGUGAUACUCCAGCUACUGACCGGAAAACAGGAGCUUGAAGGGCUUGCUGGUGAAGUAAGGCGUGCUAUCUCUUGUGGCAAGCUAUCAUCCAUUCUCGAUCCAACGGCCGGGCGGUGGCCUACGGAGGUGGCUGGAAGGCUAGCAUAG